CUGAAAAGAAAUUUUCGACAGAUCAAGAUAUCAUGGGUCCUGCCUGAUAUCUAAAAAACUUCAAUUGUUAUAAAAUUCAAUUUGUCCUAUAAAAUGGUGGUGUUAUCAACAAUAUUUUGAAUUACUGAACUUUAAUUUUUUGAUAUUGUUGGACAAUAUGAGCCGCCACGAAGGUGUAAGUUGUGAUUCUUGUCUGAAAGGUAACUUUAGGGGUAGAAGGUAUAAGUGUUUGAUAUGUUAUGAUUAUGACUUAUGUUCCGCUUGCUAUGAGGCUGGAGCUACCAAUACAAGGCAUACAACUGAUCACCCUAUGCAAUGUAUCUUAACCAGGGCUGAUUUUGAACUUUAUUAUGGUGGUGAAGCUCUGUCAAAUGUGGAUAUGCCACAGUCAUACACGUGUCCGUACUGUUGCCGAAUGGGCUUUACUGAAAUUACUCUCCAAGAGCAUGUAACCGCAGAACACGCCGAAAAUAGCUUCGAAGUGGUUUGUCCAUUGUGCGCAGCCAUUCCCGGUGGUGAGCCAAACUUAAUGACUGAUGAUUUUGCUGGUCAUCUGACUCUGGAACAUCGUACUGGUCCUAGGGACUUAAUUUCAUUUUUAGAUGAACCUGUGGCUAAUCGUCAUAACAUGCGACGUAUACCUCAUCCUAGCCAUUCAGGAUCUCAUAUUGGAAGGGGAUCUGGAACCCUUCGUCCUCGAAGAAGCAAUAUGCAUUUCAGUGUAUUCAAUUCGAGCGGGGGUCUUCCAUCCCUUUCCCCAUCGUCUCGAGAAUCAGUGGAUCCAAUUGCAGAACUCCUUUCACAAUUGUCUGGAGUGCGCAGAUCAGCAGGUAAUAGCAAUACUAGCACACCCACACAGCUUCAACAAUUACAAAUGCAACUUCAAUUAGAACGCCAGCAAGUGAACGCAGCCAGGCAACAACUUGAUCGUUAUCCUAGACGCUUGACUCAGAGUCAGAAUGCUCUUCGAGAACCUCAGGCCUCUUCCAGUUCUGGCACGUGCACGUUGAUGCUUCAUUCUACCCCUGUACUUGUUCAACCCACUCCUACCGCAACAGCUACUGUAACGCCUUCUUCGCAGUUUCUACUUUCCGGACUACUUGAGGAAUUGUCACUUCAGCAAAACAAUGAACAGGCUCGCCAGGACCGUAGUCAAUUUGUGCAAGAGUUAGUUAUGUCUACUUUUUGGCUCCCGGAGAGUAAUCAAAAUGAGACAAGUGAGCAUGGACCAUCAGGAGAUUCCUCCAAUGCUUCGCAAAACUUUGGGCUUCGCAGAUUCACGCCCACUUUGAGAGGAAGAGCUAGGUCUGAUAUUCACAACGCUAAGCGUAGAGCAGAAGCGAAUAAAUCCAAAAAUGACCAUGGUGAAGACAAUAGUGGUAGAUAGUUUUUUAUAGUUAAUGGUGCAGAUAUCUGCCCUAUGUUUUGUUCUAAAUUAUUACUUUCAAUUUUUUGUGAUAAUAUUGAUUUUCAUUAUUAGUUUCUCACGUUUUAAACUAUUAUGUGUUUGAAAAACACAUGAUAUGUGUCGUUCGUUGAAUUUCUGUUUGGCAAUAUGGCCCAUAUUCAUUAGUCUUGAAUUAAAAUAUUCAACAGGGUUAUAUCUUAAUUCUCAUUACUGAUUGGUUAUAUGAAUAUGUGCCUAUUCACAAUAAAAUUACAUGCAUUUAAAUGGAAUUUAUCUUCACUUCUCUUCAGAGAAUGCCAUAGCUGUUCAGCAUUCUAUUAAAUAUUUUAAUAUAGUAUUAUUAUUUUUUUUUCUAGUCUGAUAAUAUAAUUAACACCUUGUCCUGGAAUUCAGUUCAUUGAGUUAAAAUGACAAUUCAUCAUCGAUAUUUUUAUAUUAAGGAUUUUUUGGAAAUUGUGGUGCUUGAAUACAGAGUAAUGAAGUUA